AAAGGGAAGACGCAAAGUGAUGACUGACCUCCAUAUCCGCUUGCAUGUUAUUGUUUGCGAUCACGCUGUAAGAAAAUCGGGUCACGCCAAAAUAGAAAGCAUAUAAAUUCCUUCGUCGUCUCUGGAUAUGCGCUUUUAAUGAAGAUUCUUACUUCACUUGCCAACAGCCAGCUGGACAGAUGCAGUUUGACACCAUUGCAUCUCCAUUCAACGUGACCGUCAAGUGAAAGUCAAGCUGCCAUGUCCAGACGAGGCAGAAACAGCGGCGCUUGGCGAUAUGUUUGGGGUGGAAUACGUCGAGAUGCUGAUGCAAGAGCGCUUGUCUUGGCCUCGGAAAGUGAUGGAUGGGGCUAUGAACGCCUGGAGUACAGCGAUUCGGAUUCGGAGGCCGACUACUCGGCGGUGAUGGUCCCUCCAGUGCCCAGCGCUGUGCCUGUGACGGGAGAGUCUUACUGUGGCUGCGACUACCAAGCCGAGACUAUCCAUCAUCGGCGAGGUUUUUACCAAGUCAAAGACUGUCACUGUGGAGAGGAUGAUCAAGAUUUUGACUGGGUUUGGGAUGCCGGCAGCCGAUCAACAGCAACGUUACUGAGCUGCGACAAUCGCGAAGUCAACUUUCACUCCGAGUACAGCUGCGGCACGGCUGCAAUUCGGGGUUCCAAGGAGCUCGCGGAAGGGCAGCACUUUUGGGAAAUCAAGAUGACGUCCCCCGUUUAUGGAACAGACAUGAUGGUUGGAAUCGGUACUUCUGAUGUCAACCUCGACAAAUACAGGCAUUCGUUCUGCAGCCUUUUGGGGAAGGAUGUGGACAGCUGGGGUUUGUCUUACACUGGCUUGUUGCAUCAUAAAGGAGACAAGAUGAACUUCUCCUCUCGGUUUGGCCAGGGCUCCAUUAUUGGGGUUCAUCUGGACACGUGGCACGGCACGCUUACAUUCUUUAAAAAUCGCAAGUGCAUAGGUGUUGCUGCCACAGAUCUCCACAACAAAAGGUUUUACCCGAUGGCGUGCUCCACAGCAGCCAAAAGCAGCAUGAAGGUGAUCCGAUCCUGCUCUGCGCCCACCUCCCUUUUAUACCUGUGCUGCGCUCGCCUUCGCCAGCUCCUGCCGGACUGUACAGACGCCCUGGACGUCUUACCCCUUCCCCCGGGGCUUCGUCACCUGCUGCACAACAAGCUGGGUUGGCUGCUCAAUAUCCACGGCGGCGGCGCAGACGAAACCGCAGACACCCCCGAACGUUCCCCGUGCUUGCCCGUCCCUCCCUCGGCCGGCCCGUCGUCCUCUGAGAGCGACUCGGAAGGUUGUACGUCCGACCCCGAGGCCUGCCAGAGGAAGAGGUGCCGCUGGACUUGACUAGCGGCGUGAAACGUAACCAGAGGGGAACGGUCUUCUCAUGCCAUCACUCACACGGUAUCCAAAGCAGGACUACUGUAGCAAAAGACGUCAACUGUAGAUAUCUCUUGCCAUUUGUGAACAGGGAUUUGGUUUUAAUAUGAGGACGUAUUGUCGAGUGUAACACUGAAGUCUCAAACAUGGCGAUAUUUUGGUGGCCAUUUUGACGUGUGUCGCUCGGAAUAAGCCAUGCAGCUAUCUUUUUUGUGUGGUAUGCAAAUAGUGCAUAUUCUUAAACUCAAUGCAAUCAUUUUAUCAAAAUAAUCAUCUAUCUUGCCGUCUGGAAAUUUGGUUAUAUUAUUGGUCAAAUUAAGAAUAACUUUUGAGUGCACUUCGUUUAAAUGUUCCAAAUGAAGGACCAACAUAUUUAUUACUCUGGUCAUAAGUGUUACAAUCAUCUACCUUUAUUUACUGUUGCAUCUUGUUGACAACUUUUUAAUUUUUUUCUAUACACCUUAGUCACCCUUUUAACACUUAGGUCAUUUUUUCUAUAAACCUCUAAAAGGUAGAAUAUUCUGUCACUUAAGGUUCUCAUGUUUAUGAACUAGAAACACUCCAUUUUUUAAAAUUGUGAAAUAGUUUGCAAAAAACAUUUAAAACCGAAAACUCAUGCACAUGCCUCAAGACCAUCAUGACAAUGUUUUUGUCCUUUUUGAAUAAAGUUGAAUUGUCUGUUACAAUGCAACAAGAGUUGGCAAUAGUACCGGAACGCCUGUUUCCACUGUUUGCUAAAUGACUAUUUCCCCCUGCAGAUCUGAUAGGUGUAACUUGCUGUUAUUUUUGUGGUCUUUAACUCUAUUUGUCUUUUACUGAUGCAUCCAUGCACUUACUAUUGUGUAAUUUGAUAAUUAAAAACAAGGAAGAAACGUACCAUUCUUACUUAACUAUUAAGAUAUUUGAAGGUCUUUCACUUGCCUUUUUUCAUCAGCAUGAUUUUCAGAUGAAAAUAAAGUG